AUGAAGAGCGCAGGUCCAGAGGCGAGCACGUCACAGGCUCUGGCCUUCGACCUCGACUUGCACGUCCAGUACCUCGUCGGUCUCAAGAACAAGAAGGAGGACUUUGAGUCGUGCAUGACGGAGCACAUGCGCGUCAGUGGCUUCUACUGGGGCGUGGGGGCCAUGGCGCUACUCGAUCGAGAGGACGAGAUGCAGCCAUCGGCGAUCGUGGACUGGGUGCUCCAGUGCGAGCACCCGGACGGCGGCUUUGCCGGCAACGUCGGGCACGAUCGACACCUCCUCUACACGCUGCACGCUCUGCUCGUGCUGGCAAUGCUCGGAGCGCUGGACCGGAUCCAGAGGGACAAGUGCGCGACGUUUGUCGCGUCUUUGCAACAAGGCGACGGCUCGUUUGCGGGCGACGAGUGGAAGGAACUCGACACCAAGUUCACGUACUGUGCGCUGUCGGCCCUCAAGAUCUUGGACAAGUUGGACCUGGUGAACGUCGAGACGGCGGUGGCCUACGUCGACAGGUGCCGCAACUUUGACGGCGGGUUUGGCAACAUGCCGGGCUGUGAGUCACAUGGAGGACACAUUUUUACGGCCGUGGGUGCACUGUCCAUGGGGUUUGCGCUCGAGCAGUACGUGGACGACGAACUGCUGGGCUGGUGGCUCUGCGAGCGACAAUGUGACUCGGGUGGGCUGAACGGGCGACCCGAGAAGCAGGCAGACGUGUGCUACAGCUGGUGGAACAUUGCGUCGCUCAUUAUGAUCGGUAAACUCGACUGGAUCAGCAAAGAGAAACUCAUUGCGUUCAUUCUCGCAUGUCAGGACCCUGAGGAUGGAGGGAUCGCCGACCGGCCAGGAAACGUAGCAGAUGUGUUCCACACGUUCUUUGGUAUUGCGGGCCUCUGCAUGCUCGGCUACUUUGACCGCGAGAAAGAAACGCAUCCGGAGUACGAACGUAUCCGCCAGAUCCACCCGACUUUUGCGAUUCCCACGGAUGUCGUCGAGAAGCUGCAGUUGACAGCGGGUAUGAUCGUGCCCAAGGUGCGUGCGGAUUAA